AUGACAUUGGCAGAAAUAGUUAAUGAAGGUCGGUCACUGGAAACGAUUGAAAAAGUGCGUCAACAAUUGCAAAAUUCAGUUGAAGUCAACAAGAUCACAACUUCGAAGAAUACGUGCUACCGUUGUGGACAUACAGGACACUACGCGAAUGAUGAUUGUUGUCCUGCGAAAGAUAAGAAGUGUGAGAAAUGUGGCCUUAUUGGCCAUUUCAAACGGUGUUGUAAAACGAAACAUCGUGAGAAGAAAAUGAGUAACCAACGAGUUCGUCAAAUUGACAAGGAGUCUGUGGCUGGCUCCGAAACUUUUUAUGAUUCUGAUGAUGCCGUCAGUGAAGUGGUGGGCGGAGACGAUAGUGUUAAAUAUGUGUUUGCCACUGACACCGAAAAUACAAACGGCGAAAAAGUAGUGUGUAGUGUGGGGGGAGUUAAAAUCAAAUGGAUUGUUGAUUCUGGAGCAGGAGUUAAUGUUAUUGACAGUGACACAUGGGAAUUCCUGAAGAAGAAUCAAGUUCAAGUGCUGUCCCAAGCCAAGGGGACGAAGAGAGUGUUGAAGGCGUAUGGAAACAAUGACCUCGAUGUGUUGGGGGAGUUUACAGCCAAAAUCGCCACUAAGGAUCGGGAAAUUGUGGCAGAAGUGAUUGUAGUGAAAAGCAGAGGUGCAAGUUUGCUAAGCUGUGACACGGCGACUCAGCUACAGAUUCUAAAAAUCAACACUAACGUCUGGGGAGUAAGCUGCAGUGCUGACAACAUUGGGAAGAUCAACGGAAUGGAAGUGUCUCUUCAAAUCAAUGAGGAAGUGAAACCUGUUCAGCAUACAAAGUGCCACAUUCCGAUUCCACUCCAGGAGAAGGUGCAGAAGGAAAUCGACAACCUGUUGGACCAGGACAUAAUCGAACCGGCUCCGAGAGAUUCUCCUUGGAUUUCUCGACUAGUUGUUUCACCAAAAGCUGGCGACCCUUCUGCUGUGCGUCUUUGUGUUGACAUGCGAGCAGCCAACCGAGCAAUUGUCCCACAACAUUAUCCAUUACCGACGUUUGAGGACAUUCUACCACAUCUUCAGAACUGCAAAUGGUUUUCCAAAAUAGAUCUCGUGAAAGCCUUUCACCAAGUGGUACUAGCGGAGAAUACACGGUUCAUCACUACGUUUGCAACUCAUCAAGGAUAUUAUCGCUAUAAACGAUUAGCGUUCGGAAUGAACUGUGCCUCAGAGGUAUUUCAGAGUAUUAUCGAACGUGUUCUGAAAGGAAUCUCCGGAGUAAAGGUGUUUAUCGACGACAUUCUUGUGUUCGCACCAAAUAAACGGAUCCACGAUGAAGUUCUCAGAUUAGUGUUGCGUCGCUUACAGGAAUAUGGUAUCACGAUCAACCCUCGUAAAUGCGUAUACGGGAAGUCAGAAGUUACAUUCAUGGGCCACAUUCUGUCGGAGAACGGAAUAAAACCAACCAUGGACAAGGUGGAAGCCAUCAAACUGCUGUGUGAACCAAGGAAUGUUCAGGAGAUGCGGAGUUUUCUCGGCAUGAUCACAUACCUGAGCCGCUUCAUUCCUAACUUGUCAACGUUGACUGCACCACUUCGGGAGUUGUUGCGGAAGGACACUAAAUAUCGAUGGGAACUGACGCAUCAGGCAGCAUUUCUGGAAAUCAAAAGUAUUUUGGCGGAUCCGAAGUCUUUAGGAUACUACUCUCCAAAAGACAAAACGAUUUUGAUCGCGGAUGCGAGUCCGACAGGGCUCGGUGCCGUGUUACUGCAGGAGAAAGAUGGCAUCAAGAGAGUAAUCUGUUACAUUAGCAAGAGUUUGUCGGAAACGGAAAAGUCUUAUGCGCAAAACGAAAAGGAGGCCUUGGCUCUGGUAUGGGCAACGGAGCGUCUACAAGUUUACCUUCGUGGUCUGGAGUUUUUAUUAUUGACGGACCACGAGCCCCUCAAGGUAAUAUUCGGGCCUGAGCAUCAUUCUUGCCCGAGGAUUGAAAGGUGGGCCAUGCGUUUGCAGUCGUUCCGUUUCAAAAUAGUUCAUAUUCCUGGUAAAAUCAACAUUGCUGACCCGUUGUCCCGGUUGCCACAGUUUCAGCAUUGUUCUACCUAUGAUCAAAUUGGAGAGCAAUCGGUGCUGGUGAUUGCUGAACGUGCGAAGCCUGUUGCGUUGAGAUUGGAGGAAAUCGUCAAGGAAUCGUUAGCUGAUACAACAUUGUGUGCCGUCAAAGAAGCCCUUCGUACCGGCCGAUGGAGUGAAUCUGUGAAAAAAUAUGCUGCGUUCAAAGAUGAGCUGUAUUGCUGCAAUGAAGUGCUACUGCGAGGAGAGCGUCUUGUGAUUCCGGUCAGUCUGCAGAAGCGUGUUUUGAUGUUGGCACAUAUAGGGCACCCUGGCAUUGAACGGUCUAAGCAGCGUCUUCGAUCUAAAGUGUGGUGGCCAUCAAUGGACGGCGACGUAGAAAAGGCUGUACGUAGUUGUCUAGAAUGUCAAAUUGUCGGGAAAGCAGCGCCUCCGGAACCUAUGGCGAUCAGAGAGUUACCUCAAAAACCAUGGGAGCAUUUGAAUAUGGAUAUGCUUGGUCCCCUUCCAUCAGGAGAUUCGCUUUUGGUAAUAGUCGACGCAUAUAGUCGAUUUCGAAUUGUGGAGAUAUUGAGGCACACAACCUCCUCGGAUAUCAUUGACAAACUACACCCUCUUUUUAUGCGGCUUGGAAUCCCGACUAUUUUGACGACCGAUAACGCACGAAACUUUACGAGCAAGGAAAUGGAAGACUUCUGCGACAAAUUCGGCGUGCGAAUGCGACAAACGACUCCUUAUUGGCCGCAGGCCAACGGCGAGGUCGAGCGCCAAAAUCGUUCGAUUUUGAAGAUUUUGCAGAUUGCUGAGCUGAACAAAUCCGACUGGAGAAAAGAUUUGGAGGAGUUCAAUUAUGUCUAUGCUUUGACACCACAUCCUGCUACGGGAUAUUCUCCGGCAGAAAUACUUUUCGGUCGGAAGUUCAGAGACUGGAUUCCCCACAUGUCUCAAAUAGUGAGUGCGACUGAUGAAGCUGUUCGAGAUAGAGAUGCAAUCUACAAACACGCUGCGAAAACUCAUGCUGAUGCUGCAAGAGGAGCAAAAACAUCGUAUCUGCAGACUGGAGAUCGGGUACUGAUGAAAAAUCUUCAUCCUGCGAACAAGUUGUCGGCACCAUUCCUACCAGAUCCAGCAAUAGUGCUACAAAAGCAAGGCAAUUCAGUGAUGGUUGAGACCCCCGCCGGUCGAACUUAUCGUCGUAACUCAAGCCAUCUGAAGAAAGUGCACGAAAAAGAAGAUACCAAUUCGGAUAAUGAAGCUGAAUGGACCACUCCUUCUGAAGAACAUCGCCAAGGAUCUCCAAUAGAUGCGACCGAUCGUCGUAACCAGCUGUCGAGCCAGUCGAAAUCACCAGUGCCGUUGACGGAGAGUCCAGUGCUACGAUCAAAACGGACUAUCCGGAAACCGUUGCGUUUUGAAGACUACGUGUUGGAUGUUAACAGUAAUGGACAGUAA